ACCGCCACAUCAUGCUUACAUAAAGCCUGAGCGAUAUCCAGUGGGUAUGCCCUGUACGCCAAAAAUAAAUUUACGGCGCAAACGGAUCGCAUCAACGCACCAACUCUAUAUAAAAAAUAUGGAGUUGAGCCAAAUUAAAGCGUGAUUACAGCACAUCGAGUGCGGUUGACGUUGCAUAGUUUUCGUUGUUUAUGUGAUUCCACAAAUAAAGCAGUUCCGAAUAUAUUUUGUCAUAAGUUAAGUUUUCCACCUUGCCAUUGGACAGCGGGCUAGUGUGAUCGAAUCUUCAUCUAAAAAUGCAAAAAAACAAGCUUUGUCGCCAUGAUGGCUUACGCUUGGGUGUAGUUUUAUUCGCGAUAUUUAUCGUGAAAAUAGUAGAUAGCGUCGAGCUGACUUUCGAGCUUCCGGAUAACUCCCGAGAAUGUUUUCACGAGGAAAUACGGAAGGACCAGACUGCAACACUGGAGUUUCAGGUGGUUAGCGGUGGUAGCUAUGAUGUGGAUGUAACUCUGGAAAGUCCCACUGGCGAAGUAAUAUAUCGUCAAAUAAAGACACAAUUCGACAACAACCAAUUCGUUGCCACGGCUACCGGCAUCUACACUGCGUGCUUCAGUAAUGAAUUUUCAACCUUUUCACACAAAAUUGUGUACAUGGAUUUCCAAGUUGGAGAAGAACAACCGCUGCCGGGUAUUGAAGAACACACAACGGUUCUGACGCAAUUGGAAACAUCUGCACAGGAAAUACACAAGGCAUUGAACGCCAUUCUCGAUUACCAAACACAUCAUAGGCUUCGCGAAGCUCAAGGUCGGAAAAGAGCCGAAGAUUUGAACGAACGUGUUUUGUGGUGGUCUCUCACGGAAACGGCUGCGAUUCUGUUGAUAGCAAUCGGACAAGUGCUUGUGUUAAGAAAUUUCUUUUCCGAAAAAAAACCAAGCCAAAUGAACUAUCAAGUAAUGAAAUGAAAUCUAUAAUUGUAUGUAAUAACGAAAUAAAACUAUUGUG